AUGACACAAAAGAGCAAAGAGCUCAAGAUGGCCGAAAAAGAAGCGACAAUAUUAGAAGACCUGCUGCAGGACACCGUUUACAUGGAAGGUCAAACCAGGUCACUAAAAACAGCAGAGCACAAUCUCUCGAUAAUCCAGUCGUUCAUGGUGAAAUUGACCCCGCUUGGAGAUGCGAGGGAAAGCAUGUACUCAGCAUAUACUGUGCACUUGAAGCUAACACGCGGGACCAGCUUUGGCAUCUUAGGCUCGUCGUUCAACGCUUCCACAGACCUGUUCAGGGCCGUCCUAUGCCGUGACCUGGAUGGAGACUCUCUGAAGGAUUCGGGUCGCUGGGAUCGCAUAAGGGACCACAGCGCCAUACAACGCAUGCUUCCUUUCUCCGUAUCAAAUCCAGCUCCAGCGAAGCAGAUGAGGGCUAUUGCUGGCCUAGCGAUGUAUUCGAGAGCUUUGGACGAGUUCGCCUUCCAACCUUCUUGA